UAGCCUGGGUAGACUCAUCACCAAGGGCACCAUUGGACACUGCACCCUUCAGAAAUGACCGGUACCCAGCUAAUGAACUAUCCCACCACAAACUCUCCAUUCAGCUCUCCCAGCUCCAACUCCAUUCUGCUCCAAUCAGCUGCCAUGACAUCCCCAGUCCCCCCUUUUUCCCGGACCACCUCAGUCCCCUCGCCUCAACUGCCUCCGGCCCUGUGGCCCCCGCUGGACUUUGCCUUAGGAGCGUUGUCGUGCUGCGGGGCCUGUGUGUUCACUAACCCCCUGGAGGUGGUAAAGACACGGUUGCAGCUGCAGGGAGAGCUGCGGGCGCGGGGGUCCUACCGGCAGCACUACCGCGGGGUGCUGCAGGCCCUGUGGGUGGUGGGGAGGACGGAUGGGCUCCGCGGGCUGCAGAAGGGGCUCUCGGCUGGGCUGAUGUACCAGGGUCUGAUGAACGGCGUGAGGCUGGGCUUCUACUCCUACUGUGACACCGUGGGGUUCACUGCAGCCCCUGGAGGGAGUCUGAUGUCAGGGGCCGUGGCCGGGGCUCUGGGGGCCUUCAUUGCCUCUCCUGCCUAUCUGGUGAAGACACAUCUGCAGGCCCAGACAGUCGAGGCCAUCGCAGUGGGUCACCAGCACAACCAUCAGGGUGUGUCGAGUGCCUUCGCCAAUAUCUACCGGCGGGAGGGCGUGGUGGGGCUGUGGAGGGGUGUGAACGGGGCUGUGCCUCGAGUGAUGGUGGGAUCAGCCGCCCAACUGGCCACCUUCAGCUCCGCUAAGGAAUGGGUGGCACGCCUACAGUGGUACAGUCCAAACAGCUGGCUGGUUGCCUUGACAGCUGCCUGUAUCAGUGGAGUCGCCGUGACGAUCACCAUGACGCCGUUUGACGUCAUCAGCACACGCCUCUACAACCAGCCAGUGGAUGAGCGUCAUAGGGGUCGUCUGUACCUGGGCUUCUCAGAUUGUCUGGUGAAGGUGUGCCGGACAGAGGGUUUUCUGGGGCUGUAUAAAGGUAUGGGCCCUGUGUUCUUCCGCCUGUGCCCUCACACCGUUCUUAGCAUGCUCUUCUGGGACCUGAUGAGACAACGGGCCUUUCAGGACGUUCAGAACGAGAGCUGAAGAGAAGAGGAUAUUCAACCAAUCUUGGAGGACAAUGGAAGUUGAUUUAAAAAAUAAAACAUGUUUUGGCCUGCUGUCUUCAUCAGAGCCGGAGCUAAGAAAGAAGGCCUCAUAUGGUGGACAGAGUUGAAUGAAUGACUGGUUCGUUGGUAGAGACGAGCAGUAGACACUCUUUGUGAUGCCAGUGUGGAAAGUUGGUUGAGAGAAGGGGAGACGAGGAGGAGGAGAUGCUCUCAAUUCCACAGAAUAGACUUGCACUCCCUCACUGGUUAACUGGAAGGAUACAUAAUGGCUUGAUAUACACUGAGUGUACAAAACAUUAUUGAGUUGCACCCCCUUUUGCCCUCAAAACAGCCUCAAUUCAUCUGGGCAUGGACUCCACAAGGCGUUGAAAAUGUUCCACCGGGAUGCUGGUCCAUGUUGA